AGUCCAUAACGAAUGCACGUGGGAAAAUGGCCUCCUCGUAAGUUUUCCCCAGGUGAGGAGGUGGAACGAGAAAGAGAAGAAUUCGAGGAACGCUUGGACUGAUAGCUGGGAAUGCCCAGUUUUGUUUCUGAAUCAUCUGCUCGAAACGAGAAGGACUUUCGUUUGUCUUGGGAGGCUGAGCGGGGCCUUUGUCACCCAAUUCAAGAGGAUCCGUGCAUGAUAGCGGCUUUAGAGCAAGGACAUCCCUUGGCCCUGUUGUCGUUUCACUCGGAGCGCAGACCAAAGAUGGAAGAGGAAGACUCAGCUGCUCCUGAAGUGGGAAGAGCCCCCCAGAUCAUCCAGACUAAAAGCAGAAGGGCAUUCUGGGAAAGGACAGUGUGCAAGAUCCUGGACGAGGCCAACAUUAGCUCGGACGAACAGCAAUGGCGCUUUACACAGUUUUGCUACCAGCAGGCCGAGGGGCCCCGAGAGGUUUGCAGCCGACUCCACAGCCUUUGCCACCAGUGGCUGAAUCCUGAAAAGCGCACGAAGACUCAGAUCCUGGACCUGGUGAUCCUGGAGAGGUUUCUGGCUGUCCUCCCGCUGGAGAUGGAGAGCUGGGUCAGGGAGUGUGGAGCGGAGACCAGUUCCCAGGCGGUGGCCCUGGCGGAAGGUUUCCUCCUGAGCCAGGAGGCAGAGGAUGAUGAGGAGGGAAAGGAGCAGGGACUGUUAGCAGAAGUGGCCACUGAGGGAGAGGGAGCUGCGAUGGACACUGGACUGACGCCACCGUUUAUGGAGACCCCCCAGUUGGCUGACACCUCGCUGGGCGGUGGAAGUACAGGAGAGAUGGCUUCUAGGCCUUUUCCUUAUUAUGCUGGAGCAGAAAUGGUUGCUGUGCCGUCACCAAAUCAGGAUCUGGUGACCUUUGAAGAGGUGGCCGUGUAUUUCACAGAGGAGGAGUGGGCUUUGCUGGAUCCAGGCCAGAGGGACCUGCACAGGGAAGUCAUGGCGGAGAAUUACUGGAAUCUGGCCUCUCUAGGUUAUGGAAGGGAGAGCGAGAAAGAGCAGGAACAGCAGGGGAGGAAGCCUGAGACACAACAGAAAUGGAGGGAGGCAUCUUUUGCUUGUGAAGACGUUGACUUCUAUGCAAUCCCAAUGGAAGAAGAAUGUGACACAGGAAACGAAAGAAAGAAACUUCCUGCGUGUGCAACUAUCCCAACUGAAAUAUCAAGCCUUAGCACACCUAGAAGAGUGCAAAAAGCAGAGCAGCCAUUCAAAUGCUCGGAAUGCGGAAAGAGCUUCAGUCAGAGCAGCAGCCUUGCUUAUCAUCAAAGAAUCCACAUAGGUGAGAAACCAUAUGAAUGUUACGUCCCUGAAGAGAGCUUUUGCCACAGCGAUGACCUCCUUUAUCAUCAGACAUUCCAUACUGUUGAAAAACCGUAUCGGUGUUCAGAGUGUGGGAAGAGCUUCAAGCGGAAGACACACGUUACAGACCAUCAAAGGACCCACACAGGAGAGAAACCAUUUACGUGCUCAGAAUGUGGAAAAAGUUUCAGUCAUAGCACUGGCCUUACUUAUCAUCGAAGAACCCACACUGGGGAGAAACCAUACAAAUGUUCAGAGUGUGGAAAGAGCUUCAACUGUAGCCAAACCCUUGCUUUGCACCACAGAAUCCAUACAGGAGAGAAACCGUAUAAAUGUCCAGAGUGUGGUAAGAGCUUCAGCCAGAAGAUACAUGUUAUAAACCAUCAAAGGACCCACACAGGAGAGAAACCAUUUACAUGCUCAGAGUGUGGAAAGAGCUUCACUUACAGCACUGGUCUUACUCAUCAUCAAAGAACCCACACAGGAGAGAGACCGUAUAAGUGCUCAGAGUGUGGAAAGAGCUUCAGUUGUAGCCAAACCCUUGCUAUACACCUCAGAAUCCAUACAGGAGAGAAACCGUAUAAAUGUUUAGAGUGCGGAAAAACCUUCAGCCAGAAGAUCCAUGUUACAAGCCAUCAAAGAACCCACACAGGAGAGAAACCAUACGAAUGUUCAAAGUGUGGAAAGAGCUUCAGUCAGUGGACAACCCUUACUAGACAUGAAAGAAUACACACAGGAGAGAAACCAUAUAAAUGCUCAGAGUGUGAAAGGACCUUCAGUCAUAGUAAUAGCCUUAGUUAUCAUCAGAGAACCCACAACGAAGUGAAACCAUCUGUUGCUCUGGUUGCUUUUGCCUCUGGCCCCAUGUCAUCACUGCCAGAAACCUGCCCGGGAAGGGAUAUGGCCCUCUGGCUGGAAAAUGUUUCCCACCCCUGAUGCAAAUGCUCAGUAUGUGGAAAGAUCUUCAGUCAGAGCAUCAGCUUCACUUAUCAUAGAAUCCACUCAAGGAAAUAAGUCAUUUCAAAACUCAAUGUGGAAAUGGUUGUUUCACAAGGUAAAGAAUUCACUACAGAAGAGACUUUGAACACUAGAAAUGUUUGUAGUGGAGAAGGAACUUGAAGGAGGUGCCCAGAUCUUAAUGUCAAUUUAUUUACAUCCAGCAAUGUCAUGUAAAAAAAAAAUCACAUGCUACCAUGAACUUCUACCACAUCCUGUGCUGUAGGAAGGACCCCAGGAGACAGAGAGUGAGCCAGGUGAAGACCACCUCAGGGCCAACUUCUGCUGUGCCCUCACUUCCCAGAGGGCCAUCAACCACCAGCUGCCGUCUGUAGAAGUAUCCUGAUAACCUGUGAUAUGUUUAUGUUAUUGUGGUUUUAAAAAACGUGUUUUGAUGUUAUUUGUAAAAGCUGCCUUGGGGAGUUUGUGUACUGAAAGGUGGAGUAUAUAUCUGUAGUAAUAAAUGAAUUAGACUAGAGGUUUUCCUAACCAAACAAACCCUACUACAAAGCAGAGAAUCUACACACGCAAAUGUGUAAGAGGUAUAAGUAAGAGGUGACAUGAUAGAAGUGUAUAAAAUUAUGCAUGGCAGGGAGAAAAUGGAUAGAGAAAAGUUUUUCUCCCUCUCAUAACACUAGAACUUGUGGAUGUCCGAUGAAGCUGUACAUUGGAAGAUUCAGAACAGAUGAAAGUACUUCUUCAUACAGCACAUAGUUAAACUAUGGAACUCACUCCCACAAGAGGCAGUGAUGGCCACCAACUUGGAUGGAUUUAAAAGAGGAUUAGACCAAUUCAUGGAAGAUAAGGCUAUCAGUGGCUACUAGCCGUGAUGGCUAUGCUCUGCUUCCAUAGUCAGAGGCAGUAUGCUUCUGAAAACCAGUUGUCAGAAGCCACAGGAGGGGAGAGUGCUCUCGCGCUCAGAUCCUGUUUGCAGGCUUCCCAUGGGCAUGUGGUUGGCCACUGUGAGAACAGGAAGCUGGACGAGAUGGGCCUUAUCCAGCAGACUUCUUAUGUUCAAAUGCUUGAAAUGUUGCAGUAACUUAUACUCUCAUGCAAAGUGUCCUGGAAAAGACAGAAUGUGUCAGGACGGGCCAAACUGCAGUCGGAGCCAACAUAUCGGGUGUGAGGAAGAUUUGGCUCUCCAGGAACUACAACACCCACCAGCCUCAGCGAGCAUGGCCAGCGGCCAGGGAUGAUAGGAGUGGAAGUUCAGCCACAACUGGAGAGCAAAAGGUUCUCUGCACUUGUCUUACAGAACAGGCUCCCUUGGGAGGAAGGGCAGGAUACAAGCUAAUAACAAUGUUGUAAACAGGCUCUUUUGAGGUUACCUUGUCUCCAGUGGCAGGGGGAGUCCUACUACUACCAGGAUUAAAUCUGUGGGUAAACCCCCUAUGAAGAAAGGAAACCUUGUCAUUCUAUGGGCUGUUCUCCAGUCCAUCAGCAUUUGAAUAGAGUCUGCCAUUUCUUCAUACUGUUUUACCCUGUGCUCUUUCCCAGACCAGAGAGGGGCGGGGAAUAGAUCCAGGCUCUGCCGGUUGUGCUCAGGCUAUGCUAAUUGUGCCACAACGCCAGCAGUAUCCACUCGCCGCCCCAUCAAGUCUCCUCCUUUCGUCAGCUGCAGAACUGCAGGCUAGUUUUUCCUUUGUUGUCUGCAUUAAGUUCUCCUAGCCCUCAACCUGAGCCUGUGUAGUAUGAUUUGACUCAGCAAAGAAAAUUAUUUUUAGCUGUCGGAAGCUACUGAGCAAGCAUCUUCAGCUAGGUCCAGAAACCACAGCUGAUCAUCGGGUGAGCAGUCCAGUUGUACGAAAGGGGAUCUCCCUGCCUCCCUUUGCAAGAUAGACCCUUUGGAAUGCCAUACACAUUUCUGGUCCCUUCGUUUCCAAAGGAUCUCAUGGAGCUGAGCUUACAAAAAAUCUCAAGAGUUCUGGAAAUGUUCCUGAGAUUUCAGCGGUGGCAAAGUUGAUGAAGUAUGAGUUCUAUUUUGGCCCAUGGCGCGGGGUUUGUGCCAUCUGACCCACAGGUCUUGCAGUUUGAAAAUGGUAGCGAGUCAUGGUUUGACUAGUGAACGCAUGUAUUUCUGGAGACAGAGUAAUGCUUAAAAUGAGUAUAUUCUCACGUAUGUGCUGUAGGAAAUUUGAGGUUCUAACUUAGAAGGUAACAAUGAGGCCAGUACUUAGAAUUCAAGAAUAUAUAUAUAUACCAUAAAUAUAUCUAACUAACAUGGACUUAUCUCACUCUGGGGAGAUCCUUUGUAUCUCUCUGUAUAGCUGAAAGACUUUAUUACAGAAACAUAAUAAGGAAAUAGUGCCCCAUAUGCUCUAUACAUCUAAAGCAGUAUUGUGCCACUUUAAACAGUCAGGAUUUCCCCCCAAAGAUUCCUGGGAACUGUAGUUUGUUAAGGGUGCUGACAGUUGUGAAAAAUGGAAACGGACUACCUUCAAGUCGAGUGCGACUUAUGGGCGACCCUAUGAAUAGGGUUUUCAUGGUAAGUGGUAUACAGAGGGGGUUUACCAUUGCCUUCCUCUGAGGCUGAGAGGCAGUGACUGGCCCAAGGUCACCCAGUGAGCUUCAUGGCUGUGUGGGGAUUCGAAUCCUGGUCUCCCAGGUCAUAGUGCAACAUCUUAACCACUACACCACACUGGCUCUAUUUACCAAUGAGCUACAAUUCUCAGAGUUCCUUGGGAAGAAGAGGGAUUGAUGGUCAAACCUCUCUGGAAAUUGUAGUUCUGUGAGGGGAAUUGUGGGAGGGGUCACCUGACCACUCUCGGCACCCUUAACAAGCUACAGUUCCCAGGAUUUGGGGGGGGGAGCCAUGACCGUUUAAAAGUGGCAUGAUACUGCGUUAGAUGUAUAGUUUGCAAACAGAAGGAAAAUCCUCUAAGACCAGUUCUCAGAAAAUGGUUUUGGUCUGAGCCUAUGUUGGCUUUUGAGCAUCUCAUAAAUGUGGUUGCCCUGAUCAUAGACGGCUAUAAAGGCAGCAAGAGGCUGGGGGGCAGGAAAGGCGACCCUGCAGGGUGUGAAGGUGAUUUACAAGGGAAGCCUGGAGGCACAGAUGGAGUUUCCACAGCCCCCGUUGAUAAGGAAAGUGUGUUUCUUUGUGUGUAUAGAUCUAUGGGUUCCUCGGCCUGAUGUAUGGAGA